GAACUUACAAGUUAACAACUAUAGUAGCUAUAUAAUGAAAUAUGUGAAGAAAGCUAAUGAAUGAAAAGAAAAAAGGCGAUCAUAUAGCCUACAAAAAUACAGUUGAUAACUUAUAAAUGAUAUGGUUCUUCAUAAAUUUUUAGAAAAAGAGUCUUUAAAUUCGAUUAUAAAUAGAAACCUACUUAAAAAUUGAAGUAUAAAGACUAAAUGAUUUAUUUUUCUGAAUUUUGUGUUAUAGAACAAGGUCUAGGAGUUGGUCCAAAAAAAAAAAGGUCGAGAUAUCUUCGUGGACGUGGAGCAUGAAUGCAUGAUGUAGGAUUUUAUGUCUUGUAAACACUGCAACUUUAUUAUUCUACCACUUCUCAUUUUUUUUUUAUAUUUUACAUUGAUGAUUGAGAUAGUAUGAUAUAUAUAUAUAUAUAUAUUGAUCUGAAAGACAUAUGGUAUAUUUACUAGCAUACUUUUCAUUGUUAUUUAACAUAAAUGAUUUUUAUUUAAUAAUUUUAAAAUAUUUUUAUUCAUAAAAUUCUUUUUCAUUUUUUCGGUCUUCAUCUAACUAAUCAACAGUUUUUGUUCAAGUUCCUUUAAUGAAAUUACUAUUACUAAUUACUAAUGUAUUAAUAUCGAUAUAAAAUGAAUGAGGAAGAUUUUGAAGGCUGCAUGUUGUUGUGGCGGGAAAAUCAUGUAGUGUAAAUAAUAUUUAAUUACCCGCAGACGUCAAGCGUGCAUCUUACAGUCCAAAACGUGACACGUCCGUUUAGCUUGUAACGUCAGACGAUGCACACUGGAAGGGAAGCCUAGCUCCCUCCGACCGUCCAUCAUGAGUCAUGGUUCAGCACUUUAACCAACCAAAAGAUCGCGGCCCUUGUGUGAUGAUCGAGAGAUUACGUGAGAAAUGAAUGAUGAUGGAAAAGCCGCUUAAAUGCAGAGAUGACCACCAUCGGCAGUGUCCGACGAUCCCUCCAAGGCAUCAACUACGGCGUUUUUGGCUGUGCCAUUCAGCAGUGCACGGAUCGUGGUCUUGUCCGCCAAGGCAAGCAGCUACAUGCCCGCCUUAUCCUGUUCUCAGCCACGCCCGACAACUUCCUAGCCUCAAAGCUUAUCAAUUUCUACGCCAAAUCCAACCACAUCUCCGAAGCGCGUAAGGUGUUCGAUGAAAUUCCUCACAGAAAUGUUUUCUCUUCGAAUGCCAUGAUCAUUGGCUACUCAUUUAAUGGUCUGUUCCAUCAUGCGCUGAAGCUUUUUUCAUCUUUAUCGUUCUCCGCCAGUGCCGCCCCUGAUAAUGUUUCCAUUACUUCUGUUUUGAAGGUGCUGACUUCAUCGUCUUCUAAUCCCGCUUUGGGAAAGCAGAUUCAUGGUUUUGUUCUUCGGCGCAGUUUGGAUUCCGAUGUUUUUGUUCUUAAUGCUUUGGUUACGUAUUACUCCAAAUGUGAUCAGCUUGGAUUCGCGAGGACUAUAUUUGACAGAAUGCCUCGAAGAGAUAUUGUGUCGUGGAAUGCUAUGAUUGCUGGGUAUUCUCAGAAUGGGUUUUAUGAAGAAUGUAAGCAACUAUACUUAGAGAUGCUAGGUUCGACGGGGUUUAGUCCUGAUGCAAUGACAGUUGUUAGUGUGCUGCAGGCCUGUGCUCAGUCAAAGGAUCUUAUAUUCGGAAUGGAAGUCCACUGUUUAGUAAAUGAGAAUCAAAUCGAAAUGGACGUUUCACUUUGUAAUGCUUUGAUUGGAAUGUAUGCAAAAUGUGGUAGCUUGGAUUACGCUCAGGAAUUGUUUGAAGAAAUGAGUGAAAAGGAUGCAGUUACUUAUGGUUCAAUCAUUUCAGGGUAUAUGUUUUAUGGGUUUGCUGACAAAGCCAUGACUUUGUUCCGAGAUAUGAAAAAUCCGGGAUUAAGCACCUGGAAUGCUGUAAUAUCUGGUUUGGUUCAAAACAACCAGCAUGAACGUGUCUUGGAUUUAGUUCAAGAAAUGCUGGCUUCUGGUUCUAGACUGAAUACUGUCACUCUUUCUAGCAUUCUCCCUGCAUUUUCCUACUUUUCAAACCUGAGAGGAGGGAAAGAGAUUCAUGCUUAUGCUAUCAGGAGAAGUUUCGACCGGGACAUAUAUGUUGCGACUGCCCUAAUUGAUACUUAUGCAAAGUUAGGUUUUAUUCAUGGGGCACAACGGGUUUUUGAUCAAUCGGAAUGUAGGAGCUUAGUAAUUUGGACAGCAAUUAUAUCGGGUUAUGCUUCCCAUGGAGAUGCUAGUUCGGCCCUCAGUCUCUACGGUCAGAUGUUAAACAACAGGGUUCAUCCUGACCAUGUGACAGUAACAGCAGUACUUGCUGCUUGCGCUCAUUCUGGACAAGAGGAUGAAGCUUGGGAAAUCUUCAACACAAUGUCCCUGAGAUAUGGAAUUCAGCCCUUGGCGGAGCACUAUGCUUGCAUGGUGGGCGUUCUUAGUCGAGCUGGUAGGCUCUUGGAAGCGGCAGAUUUCAUUUCUAAAAUGCCAGUUGAACCAAGUGCUAGAGUUUGGGGUGCUUUGCUACAUGGGGCUUCAGUUUACGGUGAUGUGGAAAUGGGAAAGUUUGCUUGUGAUAAUUUGUUCAAGAUUGAGCCCGAGAAUACUGGGAAUUACAUUAUCAUGGCAAAUUUAUUUUCACAAGCUGGAAGAUGGGAAGAAGCUAAUAAAGUUAGGAAAAAGAUGGGAGAGAUAGGGUUAAAGAAGAUUCGUGGUAGUAGCUGGAUUGAAACAAGUGGAGGAUUAUUUAGCUUCGUCGCUAAGGAUGUUUCAAAUGUAAGAUCAGAUGAGAUUUACGCAUUGUUGGAAGGAUUGCCAGGAUUAAUGAGAGAAGGAUAUGUUGUGCAAGAAGAGUUGGAUGAUGAAAGUGCUUUUAUUUGACAACUGAAAUGUAGUCAUUAGUUUAGCAUUAAAAACUCGUUGCAGGUUCAUUUUGUUCAGUUUGGUAUGCCUGAAAUAGAUCACUCAACCAUUGAGGUAGCUUCAAUUGAAAAACUAGCCAGCUACUGUAUCUGAGGACACCACAAGAAUGCCUGAGUAAUUAACAAUGAACUUGGCUUUCAGUCAAGCAAAGUUAAA